AGCCGACGCUACCGCGGAGGGUCCCUCCAGUCUGAGACGGGUAGAGGCGAGGCGGGUAUUUCCUUUGGGCUCUUCCCUUUGGAUGUGCACGUGAGAGACCUUUAAUGCCGCGAUCGGAGUGACGCGCAGACUCAGGGCCCCGCGGAGCCUCUUCCUGUUACUUAUUCAGGCACUUCGAGGACAGCCCUCACUGGGGUCCUCGUGGCCAGCCAAGAUGGCUGCCCCCGUGCUGAGCACUGUGCGAGGGUGGGCGAGACUAGUGCUCAACUUGCCGAACGCCGGCCUGAAGCUUCCAGGGCUAAUCCAGGUGAGGUGGAGCCGCUAUGGUCCUGAAUUCAUGGAUCCCCAGACUGACAAGGACUAUUACCGCAAGCCCUUGGCCGAACUGAGUGAGGAAGAGAAGUAUGAGCGAGAGCUAAAGAAAACUCGGCUGAUCAAAGCUGCCCCAGCGGCAAAAACAAGUUCUGUGUUUGAAGACCCUGUGAUCAGUAAAUUCACAAACAUGAUAAUGAAAGGAGGAAACAAAAUACUGGCCAGAUCCCUCGUGACACAGACUCUGGAAGCUGUGAAAAGGAAGCAAUUUGAGAAGUACCAUACUGCUUCUGCAGAAACUCAGGCAGCCAUUGAGCGUAACCCCUACACCAUCUUCCACCAAGCACUGAAAAACUGUGAACCUGUGAUUGGGCUGGUACCCAUUCUCAGGGGUGCCCAUUUCUACCAGGUCCCUGUGCCACUAGCAGAGCGACGCCGUCGCUUCCUGGCUAUGAAGUGGAUGAUUACUGAGUGCAGGAAGAAGAAGAACCGGAGGAUGCUAUUGCCAGAGAAGUUGUCACAUGAGCUGAUAGAGGCUUUUCACAACCAAGGUCCCGUGAUCAAGAAGAAGCACGAGAUGCACAAGAUGGCUGAGGCCAACCGAGCGCUGGCCCACUACCGUUGGUGGUAGAGGCUCUAGAAGGAGCCUAGGAACCUCUCUUUCAAGAAACAAAGUGAGCCACUGCAGCCCUGAAGAAAAUGUGCGUCCACGAUGCAGCUCUGAUUUAAGGGCAGGCAGCCCAGACACAAAUGGAACAGCAUGUUUACUGCUCGUUAGCUCUUCGUUUGGGGGCUAGGACACCCCUCCACCCCCCACAAAAACGCAACAUAAUGACUGGGAUUUCCCCCCCCUGGGAAAUUGAGCAUUCAUUCAGCUUUCUCUUCCUUCACAUCAGAGACCUGAAUGGCAUGAAAGUUUUAAUAUCAGGAAUGGUUUAUUAAAAAUCUCAGCCUGGA